UUCUCCUCAGAACCCAGAUUCUAUCGUCCUCUCUCAAUAAAUUUCAAUUUAAAAAUCAUUAAAAAAAAAGAGAAAAAACCAUAAAAACCAAAACCUUUCAAACGCACAAAUCAAUAUUGCCUCAACGUCAAGCCAUUUUCUUUAGGCAUUGGCUUCCAGAAUCCCCAAUUGUCGUACCCAAGCUCAUCUCUCUCUUUUUGUAAUCAUAAACAUACUAUUGAUAAUCCCCAUCCCUCUUACCUGGAACAUUUCAUUUAAUGCUUCAAUCCUCCAUCCCGGCAAGUGCGCUUUUACUAUCACUUUUUGUUGGCCGAAACCUCAUCGUUAUCCAGGACUCAGGACUUCCCCUUAGGGUUUUCAUAAUCUGAACCCUCUUGUAUCACCAAUUUGGUCCCUCUUUCCUCACCUUUAUUUUUUUUUUAAUAUUUUAUUUUUUUUAUAUGCUUUGUAGAUUUCAUUCAUUGCUUUUUUCUAUUUGCUGGAUACUUCUAAGUUUUUGGAAAUUGAAGUGCCUUCCCUUAAAUUUCUUUAGGUUUCUCAACUUGCUUUAUUUGUUUCACCAAACCCAAAUUUUUGGCGGAAAUUACACUACUUGCCAUUUGGCUGCUUAACGGAUAAUGUCAUCUGGGGCUUGUUAAUCUGAAAGUUUCCUUCUUUCGAAACUGAUUCACCUUGGAAUCAAAAUCUGAGAAAACUAAUCAACUAGUUUUUUUUUUUUUUUUUUUUUUGGGUUUUUGGCUUUCUGUUGUUGUAGUCUGCCUGUUUUUCUCUUUAGUUGCGUAAGUUGUCAUAAGUUCUCUUACUUGUUUUAGGGUGGGAGUUGGUUUUUGGUAUUGGUUAUCGCAUAGCGGGUAAGAUAAGGGAAGGGGACUAGGAUUGCAUGGGCGAGCAUGAGAGGCUAUUGCCAAACGGCCUAUUGCCUAACGAAGCGGCCUCUCUGAUCCGAGUGCUUGACUCGGAGCGAUGGUUAAAGGCCGAAGAGAGAACUGCAGAGCUCAUUGUCUGCAUUCAGCCCAACGAGCUCUCGGAAGAGCGCAGAAAUGCUGUAGCGGAUUAUGUGCAGCGGCUUAUCAUGAAGUGCUUUCCCUGCCAGGUGUUCACUUUUGGGUCUGUACCUCUUAAGACUUAUUUGCCUGAUGGAGACAUCGACUUAACAGCUUUCAGUAAGAAUCAAAAUAUGAAAGAUUCAUGGGCUCAUCAGGUUCAUGAAAUGCUGGAGAAUGAGGAGAAGAAUGAGAAUGCUGAAUUCCGUGUGAAAGAAGUUCAGUACAUUCAGGCAGAGGUGAAGAUAAUAAAAUGUCUUGUGGAAAAUAUUGUGGUAGACAUAUCUUUUAAUCAGCUUGGUGGGCUAUGCACCCUUUGUUUCCUUGAGGAGGUUGAUCAUUUGAUAAAUCAAAAUCAUUUAUUCAAGAAAAGUAUUAUAUUGAUAAAGGCAUGGUGUUAUUAUGAGAGUCGUAUUCUGGGUGCUCACCAUGGAUUGAUUUCCACUUAUGCUCUGGAAACCUUAGUUCUUUAUAUUUUUCAUGUUUUCAACAAUUCUUUUGCUGGACCGCUUGAGGUUCUCUACCGUUUUCUUGAGUUCUUCAACAAGUUUGACUGGGACAACUUUUGUGUUAGCCUUUGGGGGCCUGUGCCCAUCAGUUCACUUCCAGAUGUAGCAGCGGAACCUCCUCGAAAGGAUGGCGGAGAGUUAUUGCUAAGCAAAUUAUUUCUUGAGGCCUGCAGUGCAGUAUAUGCUGUUUUCCCUGGCGGCCAAGAAAAUCAAGGGCAACCUUUCAUGUCCAAACACUUCAAUGUUAUCGAUCCUUUGCGUAUGAACAACAACCUUGGACGUAGUGUUAGUAAAGGGAAUUUCUUUAGGAUACGUAGUGCAUUUGCAUUUGGGGCUAAAAAGCUGGCGAGGUUACUUGAUUGCCCAAAGGAGGACAUUUUUUUUGAAGUAAAUCAAUUCUUUAUGAACACCUGGGAUAGACAUGGUAGUGGCCAGCGUCCCGAUGCACCAAUAAAUGAUUUGUGGCGCUUGAGAUUGUCAACUCCUGAACUUUCACAUGGGUCUGAUAAUCUCAGGUACAAUUCAAAUAGCAGAACUUCUGGUUGUGAAGCUCAAGUUGAUGUGGCGCAUGGUUCACUUAGUGUUCCCUCUCAACAUGGUUAUUAUCCCUUGGAAAGCUCAUCCAGAAGUAGUGAAGUUUCUGUAUUUUCUUGUAGUCAUAGCCAAGAGACUUCUAUUAAUCCAAAUAACACAAACAACUCUGAUCAAGCUAGGAGGGAAAGUAGUUUUAAUCAGGGCUUGCAUGCUGAGAGACACCAGAAAAGUUCUAAACCGAAUAACUUGGUCAGUGACCUUCAGGGAAGGUAUCUUUUUGCAAGAACACGCUCUAGUCCUGAGCUUACUGAGACAUAUAGUGAAGUUUCUUUCCAUGGGAGGCAUAACAGAGCUCAAGAAGCUGGAAAAGGCCAGAGCUCUUCUGUAAGGUUAGAUAACAGCAGGAGGAAAAACCUGGAAUCAGAUAAUUUGGGAAGUCAUGGAAUUAGAUCUUCAAAUGAUGAUCCUUCAUCCACUGGACAGACCUCAUCUGGUGAAAGACUUGAUGUUGCUGGUGAUUCUAACAAUGCCUCAAAUAGUUACCAUGUAGAUUCAGUCCAAUGUGCUACUGGUGAAGAAUUUGCUUCUGUCAUUGGGGCACAGGGGAUGCAUCAGGAGGAGCAAGAUUUUGUUAACAUGAUGGCAUCUUCCACAGGUCUUGGUUUGAAUGGACAGGUUCAUCUUCCACUGAAUUUGGCUUCAAGUCACAUACCUCUUCCAGUCUCAUCUUCUGUUCUUGCUUCAAUGGGAUAUCUUCAGAGAAACUUGGGUGGAAUGGUACAUGCUAAUAUUCCCAUGAUGGAUAAUCCUUGGGGCACAAAUAUGCAAUUUCCUCAAGGCUUGGUUUCUUCGCCAUUAAAUCAUUAUUUUCAUGGCUUAGGAUUGAACUCAAGUACAGAAGAUUCAGUUGAACCUGUAAAUGAGAAUUUUAGUUCGAUGGAAAUGAACCUCAGUGAGGCUAAUCACAAUUUCUGGGAUGAGCCAGAAAGGGGCUCUGCCUGUAUUGACAAUGGAGGCUUUGAAAUACAUCAAUCAGAUGACAAGCAGCAUUCCACUUCAGCUAGCUAUAACUUUGUUCCUUCAUGCCGAUUAAGUGGCUCUGUUAGCUCUUUGAGAGUUCAACAGAACUUAACCGAAGAAGCCCAAGGGUCAAUGAAGGAAGAUCUCAUUGAUACUUCACCAUAUCAAGAGAACAGGGGUGCUGAAGUUUACUUCGAUGACAGAAUGGCAGGUUCAAGAUCCUUUCCUGCUGUGAAUACUAGUUCCCUGAGAAGUAAAACCUCUUCUGAGAGUUCAUGGGAAGGAUCACCUGCAAAGGCAUCAAAGCCAACAAGGGAAAAGAGAAAUAGGAAAACAGCUUCUUCAGUAGUGCCAUCUGCUUUUUUUGGGAAAGGUAAGAAUGUGUCUGAACAUUCAUCCAAUCAGGCAGAUGAUGAAAGCCAAGACCGGAAUCAGCUGUCCACAAUGUGCCUUGAAAUGACUGAAAAAAGCAUAGUACCUCCAUCUGCUGCUGCUACUGUGCAUGAUCCAAGGCAUCAAAUUCCUGGAUUUGAAACAGCACAGACAAGUGGAUCUGAGUCAUUUAUACCUAUUGCUCCGAUGCUUUUAGGUCCUGGUUCAAGGCAAAGAACUACAGAUAAUUCAGGGGUUGUUCCCUUUGCAUUUUAUCCUACAGGGCCACCUGUUCCUUUUGUUACAGUGCUUCCAGUGUACAACUUUCCUACUGAGACAGGAACUUCUGGUGCAUCAACAAGCCAAUUUAGUGUUGAGGAGGUUGUAGAUAACAGUGAUUCUGGUCAGAAUUUUGAUUCAUCUGAGCGACUUGAUCAAUCUGAGGUGUUAAGCACUUCUAACUCUAUGAGAAGGCCUGUUUUUGGAGAGCCAUUGGAGCAUAAAUCUGACAUUCUUAACAGUGAUUUUGCUAGCCACUGGCAAAACUUGCAAUAUGGACGGUUUUGCCAAAACUCACGGGAUCCCACACCUUUGGUUUAUCCUUCACCUCUGAUGAUGCCACCUGUAUAUUUACAAGGUCGUAUUCCAUGGGAUGUGCCCGGGAGACCUCUUUCAACCAACAUGAAUCUUUUCACGCAGCUUAUGAGUUAUGGGCCACGUCUUGUUCCUGUUGCUGCUCUUCAGUCUGUUUCUAAUAGACCUGCUGGUGUUUACCAGCAUUAUGUUGAUGAAAUGCCAAGAUAUCGUAGUGGGACUGGGACCUACCUGCCAAAUCCUAAGGUAUCUGUUCGGGACCGUCAUUCUACAAAUAACAGAAGGGGAAAUUACAGUUAUGAUAGAAGUUCCUAUCAUGGUGAGAGGGACGGGAACUGUAAUGUUAAUUCAAAGCCUCGAGCUUCUGGGCGCAGCCAAAGUCGCAGCCAAGCUGAGAAGUCAAGCUCAAGGUUGGAUCGGUUGGUGUCAAAUGAGAGCCGAACUGAUAGGACAUGGGGCUCUCAUAGGCAUGAUACAUUCCCUCCAUACCAGUCUCAGAAUGGUCCAAUCCGUUCAAACUCUUCACAGAGUGGUUCUGCCAAUUUGGCAUAUGGCAUGUAUCCACUACAGUCCAUGAAUCCUGGAGUUUCAACAAAUGGACCUACAUUUCCACCUGUUGUCAUGCUAUAUCCUUAUGAUCAUAGUGCUGGAUUUGGAUCUCCUGCAGAACAGCUUGAGUUUGGAUCUCUUGGGCCAGUGGGUUUCUCAGGUGUAAAUGAGGUAUCAUAUUUAAAUGAGGGAAGUCAAUCGAGUGGGGCAUUUGAGGACCAAAGGUUUCAUGGCAGCUCUGCCCAGCGGUCUUCACCAGAUCAGCCUUCUUCACCUCAUCUUCCGAGGUAGUCAUCAUUCUGUUAAGUACAAGGUUUCUGAAUUGCAGUGGGCCAGCCAAGUUGUUUGUGGAUAAGUGGCAGAGUUUUAGAAUCGUACUACUAAGAGGGGCAUUUGAUUUUAUUGCCAGAUCAGUGGCCCAAAGAAAUUAUCAGUUGAAGGAUGAGGAUUUCCUACCUCUGAUAUUUCUGAACCAAAAAGGAAAUGAUGAUGGGAGAAACUAUGAUGAGAUACCCUCCAGUUACCAGGCCUUCAUGAUCUCACCUCAUUCAUAAAAAGGGAUAACUCGAAGGAAUCAUCUGAUAGUCUCAUGGGAAGGUCACCCAUUCUUGCUAGCUCAUACUUGUUUGUACACUAAUCGAUCAUUUUCUAACCUGCCCUUGUUGCAUGGAUGUAUCAGAUCAGCGGUAAGGGAAGAAGCAGGACUCGGUGAUUAGGUAUUAAUUGUAGGACACAAACAUGUUGUAACCCCACUGACGUAGAAGCUCGUAGGUUUAGAAUCUAUAAUUUUACAAUGUUAUACGUUUAUUUUCUCGGGAUUUUGUUCCAAGCGGUGGGUGUAUUAGGGAUUUUGAUGCACAAGCUUGGUGUGAGCAUCUCUUAUGAACUGAUGCUUAAGAUCGAAAUUGUAGCAAUACCCCGGCCGAUGAUAGUUGAAAAAGAUUACUCCUCUUUCAUAGCUGGAAAAAAAGGGCGACCUAGUGCUCUUUUUAUUAGCUGCUUAAUUAUAGGCUUAUGGUGAUAUUACUGUAACACUGAUCGUUGAUAAUUCUUACCACUAACGAAUGUGUAUCUCCUCUCUCCUUUAUAGGCCCCUGUUUUAGAAGCUAAUGUUAGCUCGACAAAAUACGAGGCCUUCAAAUAAUUGGUAAGUUGGUAACCAUUGUAACACUUGCAUCAUGACUAUGUCGAUUAAUGAAGUUUAACGUUUUAUGCUUGGAA